UACUACUAACAAAAAUUGGGGCAAAUCCCCUAAUUGUUCAUCUAAAAACCCUAUCUUUUUCCCCUUUUUUUUUUUCGAGUAAUUGCACAGGUUGCUUCCAAUGCCUAUCCUCCCCACUAGCGAAGCCCUCAGUCCUGAGUCUUCUCCGUAAAACUACAGGCCACAUACAAUCAAUCCACUUUGUGUUGUUUUUAAGUUAUGGCCGUAAAGGGCUGGGAAAAGAAUAGUAGGGGUCGUCCGGCGAAAAAAAGAGCUGGAAUGACAUCAAUGGCUGAGGAGGACAGAAUUUCGAAAUUACCCGAUGCAGUCAUCACGCACAUCCUGUCGUUUCUCCCCACAGAUGAAGCUAGUCAGACGUGCAUUCUUUCAAAACGGUGGAAACUCAUAUGGCAUUUUGUGCCCAUUCUCUCUUUCUCCGAUGCUGAUUAUCUAUCGCCACUGGAUCUCUACCAAUUUGUGGAUGAUUGUUUGGAGCACCGGAAGAGAGGUAUGUAUUAUAUGGUCGGUUCGGUCAUAACUAGUUUCAAGCUUGAGAUGAAUUACUGCUAUCAAGCAAGCAAGGCUUACGUCGUAGAUAAAUGGUUAGCUUUUGCAGUUCAGAAUAAAGUCAAGGAAAUAAAUCUUCGCUUGAAUUCUUCUCCCUUGGAUAAUUACCAUUACUGGUUGUCUGAAACAGUAUUCAUUGCUAGAGAUUUGACUAUUUUGCAGUUGGAAGGGUUAGAUUUGGGAACUAAUUCUUCAAUUAAACUUCCUGCACUGAAAACUUUGUCACUGAAUUCGUGUUACUUUGAUGAUGAUGGUCUGGGUGAUGGGUUAUUUAAGAUUUUAUUGGGUUGCCCUUCCCUUGAGAAGUUGUUGAUACAUUCUUGUCUUAACUUAUGUUCCGCUGGUGAUCAGCUCCGUUUGCGAAGUUCAAGCCUCAAGUUUAUAAAAAUUGACAAUUUCGAAAAUGUAGUACCCAUUCGGGUUGAAGCCAUAAAUCUUGAGUCUUUGGAACUAAGUGGAUUUAUCUUUGAAAACUCAAGUCUUUCUGCUUGCAAGGCAAUUCGGAAUCUCACACUAACUUUUUAUGAAGAUAAAGGUAUUGAGGACGGUUCAUCAUUAGACCAUAUUAUUUCAAACCUUCCACUUCUUGAGAAUUUGACUUUGAAGGACUGCUAUAAAUUGAAGUUGGAGCACUGUGAGUACAUUAAAAUCUCGAAUCAACUUUUGAAAAGUUUCAAUUUAAAGAAUGAGGACGCCAAAUAUGAAUCAUAUGAUCAUGGAAUGAAUGUUAUAAUUGAAUCGGCUCCAAAAUUAGAAUCUUUUUGUUAUGAAGGUAAUAUCAAUUUUAGCAUAGCAAUGGAGUCAUCCAAUUUAUUGAAUGGAAAAUUCGUGAUUCAUGAUCAUCGUGAGAAGAACUAUGACUCAAAUUGGUUUAACAGUAUGAUGAUUUUUCUUCUAAAUCUCAAUUGCCCUUGGAAUAUUGUAACCCUGCAUGUGUACUCAGAUAAGGAUCUUAUGUUGUCAGAAAAUCUCAAACGAUUAUAUCGUUCUCCCUUGCUUAAGUGGAAGCAUCUCAGAGUUAUUACUGAUUGCAAGCCAAAAACAGAGUCAGACUUGAAAGAUGCCUUGAUGUGGAUCUCGCCCUCCUUAGAAACUUUGUCUAUUAAUGAAAAGAUCAUACUUUAGUUGUAACUGCUGAUUGUGAGCAGGAAAUGAAAUGAGGGUCAUUUAUUUAGUCCUUUUGAGAUUGUAUCAAAUUAACUUGGUAUGAAUGAGUGUGACUACCUAGCAUAAGAAUGUAAUAUAUUUAUUUUCUUUUAUUUGCUUAUGAAUGUGUACAUAGGAUACAUUAUUAAUAUUAUAUCUUCUUGACUUCA